UCAUUCACUUACUGAAAAGAAGCCUUCAAACUCAGAGAGCAAGUAUGGACAAAGACAGGUCCAGUGGAGAAGUGAAGCAUAUGAAUGACCAUGGCUCAAGACAAAUAUCACUGGAAACAGUCAAAAAGCUGAUCGAACAGUCCCAGCAGGCAAAGGAGCGUGCUUACUGUCCCUACAGCAAAUUCAGAGUGGGAGCUGCUCUCCUGACCCUUGACAAUCACGUGUUUGCAGGUUGCAAUGUGGAGAACGCAUGUUACAAUCUGGGCAUCUGUGCUGAAAGGAAUGCUAUUUCAAAGGCAGUGUCAGAGGGACACACAAGUUUCAAGGCGAUUGCAAUCGCCAGUGACUUGAAUGACCAGUUCAUCUCCCCGUGUGGUGGCUGCAGGCAGUUCAUGAGAGAGUUUGGAUCACACUGGGAAGUAUACCUGUCAAAGCCUGACGGUUCCUACCAGAAGAUGACCGUGAGUGAGCUGCUGCCAAUCUCAUUCGGUCCUGAAGACCUGUCCAAGGACAAAGUGAAUUCCUUCCCGUAAUUAGUGUCGGGCCUGGAUUCUAAUGAAAACAAAAAACCAAAAACAAGAAGAAGCACAAAAGUGUUGGUCCCAUAACAUGAAGUUGUGAAAUAUUGUGUUUAAUGUAGGGAACAUGUAUUGGUGUUAAGCAGUAGUUCUAUUUAUGGUACAUGUUUAAUAAUGGCAUAUAUUUAUUACUGUAAUAUUAAUAAUACAUCAAGAUAAUUGCCAUAUGGUUAGCUGGAAAAAGCAAUGUGCCUUAAUGAUCUGUUCACCUGUAUUUACAUAUUGAAUGCUGUAUUACUGAAGAUAAAAAUAUUUAUUAGUUUAAAGAAGCAGAGGGGAAAUUACAUAGAUAUCAAAGGUCACACUUUUUAAUAAAUAAACUGUUUUAAAAAGGUGUUUCUUUUCAAAUGUUUCCUGUCUAACAGCUGGAUAUAAAUGAAGUUCAAAUGCCAUAAAGAAAAUAAUUAUUACGAGUUACAGUGUCACCAAAUAUUAUUUUUUUUAAGCAGCAAGUGAUUCAAUUACAGAGUAAAAAGGACAAGACAGAGCAAGUGAAACAUUUAAGUUACCAGUGCAAAUUCACUAUAUAUUUAUUAGAGUUUUCAGGUCUACUUAUUCCAUGCGUUAAUAUUUACAGUGGUUUAAGGGUCCAGGCUUAAAAAGGGUAAGUACGACAUGGUAGGAUGUCUCGUUUCUCCCUGAUUCAGACAAUAAUGACAAGAACUUUUAAAAAAAAUUAUGAAGUCAGCCACACACAAGAAGGACAUGAAAAAAACAAAAAGGCAGAUUUAAACAUUCUGGGUACCAUUUACACAAAAUUAUAUUUCAUGUCAUCACAGCUCAAACUUUGCAGUCAGCAUACUUAAUAUUUACUCCUUAAAACAAAACAGCAUCAAAAGACAUGGCAACUUGUUCUGAGUAGCACUAGAAACAAUUAGGGAGAACCUU